UCUCUCUCUCUCUCUCAUUUUUUUCUUUAAUUCAAACCACAUUCUUUAUUACAUUCCAAAAACAGUUACAUCAUGGUUGUCAAUGUUGCCAUUGUCGGUGUAGGCCUUGUUGGCUCAGAAUUUAUUCGCCAAGUACUGACCACCCAGUCCAAAAAGAUUGCCAUUAUCUCAGUGGCAAACUCCCGUAACUUCCUCACUUCAUCCACCCCCUUGACCGCCUCUUGGAAUGAUGAUCUCUCCUCUGCAGGACCAGCCACCAAGCCCUUCAGCCUCGAGAGCUUCACAGCUUCCUUGGCCACUUCCAAGGCUACUUACUCCACCGUAGUCUUGGACUGCACAUCAAAUGAAUCUGUCGCUGCUUAUUACCCAACCUGGUUGGAGGCUGGAUUCCAUGUGGUAACCCCCAACAAAAAAGCUUUCUCGGGCGAUUUAAAUCUCUACAAGAAAAUUAAACAAUUGAGCAAUGGUCAAAAGGGCUCUCCUUUAGUUUAUCAUGAGUCCACAGUGGGUGCUGGUUUGCCUGUCAUCAACACCCUGAAUGAUCUGAUCAACACUGGUGAUAAGAUCGUUAAAAUUGAAGGUAUCUUUUCUGGAACCCUCUCUUACAUCUUUAACAACUUUUCGACCCUCGGCGCCUCUGCAAAGCCUGUCAAGUUCUCCGAGGUUGUCUCUGUUGCCAAAGAGCUUGGAUACACUGAACCGGAUCCUCGAGAUGACUUGAAUGGAAUGGAUGUAGCUCGCAAGGUUAUUAUCUUGGGUCGUGUAGCUGGCUUGGAUCUUACUCAGGAGACCGUCCAGGUCGAGAACAUCGUUCCUGAAGAGCUCCGCAAUGCCUCCCCACAGGACUUCAUGGCCAAGUUGCCUGAAUUUGAUCAACACUUUGAAAAUUUGAAUCAAGAAGCCGUCCAGAAUGGCCAAGUCCUGCGUUAUGUUGGCCUUGUUGACCCUGUUCAUGGCAAGAGCAGCGUCACCCUUGCCAGAUACCCAGCCAGCCAUCCCUUUGCAUCAUUGAAGGGUAGCGACAACAUCAUCGCCUUCACUACAGAACGCUUCCCGAGCCCCUUGAUCAUCCAAGGAUCCGGCGCUGGUGCUGCCGUUACCGCCUUUGGAAUUUACUCUGAUAUUCUCAAGAUUGCUGAACGUACUCAGUAAACUAUAGAAUAGAAUUAAGAUCAUCUCAUCCUGUUUAUACUCACACCAUACAUUAAAUCAAAAUAAACAUGCUCAUUCCUGGACACC